AUGGCAGAGAAAAAAAUAAGAUUUGGAUCACUUCUUGGGACUUGCGGACUCCGGGGACACAUUGAAUUGGGAGAAGUCGUUGCAAAGAAGUUGCUUGAAAUGGAGAAAAUACAUGUUGAUAAAGUAAGGAAAGAGGUGAGGGAAAAGGGUUUGCAGAAGGAAGUUGGCUCCAGUUGGAUUGAUAUUAGAGGUUAUGUGGCUCGAUUUGUGUCGAAAGAUCAAGACCACCCUCAAUUGGAUUGA